AUGGUUACGGGGAACAGCAGUGCGCCGGGAAAUGGUAUCACUGGAGGCUUGGAGGAUGAUGCCAGCCUAGGCAUCCAGAUUACCAUCGCGACGCUCGCCGGGAUUACUUGGUACAACGCUAUAGAGCUCAUCGCCCUUGUGUUUGUGACUUUCAGUGACUAUCAGGGUCUAUAUUUCUGGAGUUUACUGGUGUCGUCGUCCGUGGGACUCAUACCAUAUUCGCUCGGGUUCCUGCUCAAGUUCUUCCAACUGACAUCGGCAACAUGGCUAUCCGUCACCUUCAUUACUGUCGGCUGGUAUUGCAUGGUCACCGGCCAGGCCAUCGUCCUGUACUCACGACUACAUCUCGUCCUUCCUAACCCGCGCGUUCUUCGCCGGGUGCUGGCCAUGAUCCUCAUCAACGCCGUCAUUCUUCACUUCCCAACUACUGUCUUCACCUACGGCUCCAAUUUGGCAGGCGACAAGGAUACCUAUCAAACGGGUUACAAUGUUAUGGAGAAAAUCCAGAUGACCGGAUUCUGCAUCCAAGAAUUCGUCCUCUCCGCCCUGUACAUCUGGGAAACGAUUCGCAUGCUUCGUCUUGACCCGGAUAGAAGUAAGCGCAAGAUCAUGUAUCAGCUCGUUACAAUCAACAUGAUGAUUAUCCUCAUGGACAUCGGCCUUCUCGUCGUUGAAUACAUGGAUUACUACAUCAUGGAAACAAUGAUCAAGGGUGUCGUCUACAGCGUCAAACUGAAACUUGAGUUUGCUGUUCUCGGAAAACUUGUUUUCCUCGUCAGCAGUCAUAUAUGGAAACAAGAGUCUGUCACCGGCGCACCUGCGGAGCUGCCAGACUUUGUUGAUGCCACGCGAGUCACCUCAGACCUCACCCACGCAACCCCGAGAGCACGACAACGCUCCCAUCCUUUCAUGGACGAUGAUGACGUCGACAUCGCUAUGUUUGAACACUCGGGUCCUCCACGUGAAUCAGGAACAGGCAACUCGGAUAUCUCACAUGCUCUAAGCGGCGAAACACAGACGAAUAACCCUCCAUGCUCAGAACGAGACUUUACCGAAUCACCCUCGCGACUACCACCCUUACACAUCAAGGAAUCAACAUACCCCGGCUGA